AUGGAUCCGAGCAAUAUCCCAUCCUCGUCUCACUCGCUUGAUAAUGCGAGCGAAAACCAUGAUACACUCAUACCGGUAUUCUCUCAGGCCUUACAUCGAUCUUUGAAACCGAUUGAUGACGAUGGCUUGCGCCCGCGCUCGCAGUCGAUCGCAUCUACCGAGGGUUCCAUGGCCCAUUCCAUGACUCUGCCGGACGUAUAUUCAGCUCAGACUUCUAAGUUUUAUUGUGACGACGUGUCGCUGUUAGAAGCGGUGACGCUAGAUUCUCAUGAUGACACUGGUUUUCAUGUUGACGAAUGCCCUUUCGCCUUCUCACCUGGACAGCUCAACAAAAUGCAAAAUCCCAAGUCACUUGCAGCAUUCUUUGUUGUUGGUGGGUUGGAAGGGCUAAGAAAAGGUCUGCGAACGGACCUCGAUGCAGGUCUAUCCGUCGAUGAGGGACGAUUAGAUGGUUUUGUAGAUCUCCAGCAAGCAAUUUCACACAUGUAUGACGGGCCAACCAGUCUGAUUGAAUCGAAAUUGGAUGCCAGCUCGACUGGUGCAGUGGCUGCAACAAACAACAAUCGUUCAAACUUCGAGGACCGCAUCCGCUUUUUUUCUGAGAACAAAUUACCAGCCCGAAAGUCAAUUGGGUUCUUCAAGCUGUUUUGGAUCGCAUAUAACGACAAAAUCAUUAUUCUAUUGACCAUUGCUGCGGUCAUCUCAUUAUCUUUAGGGAUAUACGAAUCGGUAGAUGGCGGCACGGGUGUGGAGUGGGUGGAAGGGGUUGCUAUUUGCGUGGCAAUUCUGAUUGUCACCGUCGUCACAGCUGCGAAUGACUGGCAAAAGGAGAAACAGUUUGCAAAACUCAAUAAACGAAACAAUGACCGCGAUGUCAAAGCUAUUCGCUCAGGAAAGUCGGUAAUGGUAUCUAUAUAUGAUAUCAUGGUGGGCGACGUCCUCCAUCUUGAGCCUGGUGACUCUAUUCCAGGCGACGGGAUCUUGAUAUCGGGUUAUGGUGUGAAAUGCGACGAAUCGUCAGUGACCGGUGAAUCGGACCAAAUAAAGAAGACUAAUGGCCAUGAGGUGUGGCGGUACAUCACUGAAGGCCGCGCCAAUAAAACGCUUGAUCCAUUUAUGGUUUCUGGCAGCAAGGUGCUAGAAGGUGUGGGGACCUAUCUCGUGACCGGUGUUGGGCCGUUUUCCACGUACGGUCGACUCAUGCUAUCGCUACAAGUCUCUAACGAUCCAACACCGCUCCAGGUAAAACUGGGUCAUCUUGCAAAUUGGAUCGGUGCCGCUAUCAUUCUCUUCCUCGUCCUGUUGUUUCAGUUCAUCGCCGAUCUUCCCAACCACCCUAAUCAGAGCUCUACUGUUAAGGGUCAGCACUUUGUGGACAUUUUAAUCGUGGCGGUCACUGUAAUUGUUGUCGCAGUCCCAGAGGGCCUUCCCCUCGCCGUAACACUUGCUUUGGCAUUCGCCACGACUCGCAUGGUCAAGGAGAAUAAUCUGGUUCGCGUUUUGCGAGCCUGCGAAACAAUGGGAAAUGCUACGGUCAUAUGCUCGGAUAAGACAGGAACCUUGACCCAAAACAAGAUGACAGUUGUCGCUGGCGUGUGGGGUUUAGAUUACAGCUUCAGCAGAAUGUCGGAGGAUGAUGCCAACUCGGUGAAUAUCGCAUCAGCUUUUCAGAAAAUUACCGAUCCGGUGCGAGAUCUUACACUAAAGAGUGUUGCGUUGAAUUCUACCGCCUUUAAGGAAGGAAGGGGUGGGCAACAAGAGUUCAUUGGGAGCAAGACUGAAGUUGCCCUUCUCCAGUUGGCCUAUGAUUAUUUGGGUAUGGACCUUACACAAGAGCGAGAUUCCGCCAAGACUACUACCGUUCAACUUUUCCCAUUCGACUCCACGCGAAAAUGCAUGGGUCUCGUUUACCGGCUUCCUGGAGGAGAGUACCGGUUCCUUGUAAAGGGAGCCCCUGAGCUAAUGAUAGCUGCGUGCUCUACGCGAAUUGCAAAAAUAGCUUCUGCUAGCAAGGGACUCCAAACGGAACCUCUCUCCGACGCUGGCCGCUAUCAAAUCCUUGAGAACAUCGAUCGAUUCGCUACUGGGUCCCUUCGAACCAUUGGGUUUGUAUAUAAGGACUACAUGACCUGGCCUCCCGCAGGGGCGGCGAGGAUGGAAGAUGAUCCAUGUUUGGCCGUUUUUGACGAUGCCUUCCGAGAUAUGACAUGGUUUGGGGUGUUUGGUAUUCAGGAUCCCCUCCGGCCUGAGGUUCCUCCAGCGAUUCGCAGAUGUCAUUCUGCAGGAGUUCAGGUUAAGAUGGUGACUGGGGAUAAUGUCGCAACUGCUGUCGCGAUUGCAUCAUCGUGCGGUAUCAAAACGGAUGGCCUAGUUAUGGAGGGCCAUCAAUUCCGACAUCUAUCAGUUGAAAAACUAGAUCGGGUGAUUCCACGCCUACAGGUCUUAGCCCGUUCAUCGCCAGAAGACAAGCGUCUCUUGGUAGAACGUCUUAAAAGCCUUGGGGAAACAGUCGCUGUAACGGGCGAUGGCACAAAUGACGGGCCUGCAUUGCGAACCGCGGACGUCGGAUUUUCUAUGGGCAUUGCCGGUACCGAGGUAGCUAAAGAAGCUAGCUCAAUUAUCCUCCUCGAUGAUAAUUUUCGAUCCAUUGUUACGGCUAUCGCCUGGGGACGGACGGUGAACGACGCCGUCGCUAAGUUCCUUCAAUUCCAAAUCACCGUUAACAUCACGGCCGUCAUUCUGACAUUUGUGUCGUCUAUCUAUAGUGAUUCGAACAACCCCGUGCUGAAUGCCGUGCAGUUGCUCUGGGUUAAUCUCAUAAUGGAUACCUUUGCUGCAUUAGCCUUAGCCACCGACGGCCCAACGCCUGCAAUUCUUGAUCGAAAACCUGUGCCAAAAAGUGCCCCACUCUUCACGAUGAAUAUGUGGAAGAUGAUCCUCGGGCAAACAGUCUAUAAACUCGCCGUGAUUUUUAUGCUAUACUUCUCUGGGGACCAACUUUUGAGCCCACAACUUGAGCGCAACAACCUAGAGCUUCGGCACAAACAACUUUCGACCGUUGUUUUCAACACAUUUGUUUGGAUGCAAAUUUUUAAUGAAUUAAACUGCCGCCGCCUCGACAAUAAAUUCAAUGUCUUCGAGGGUAUGUUCAAGAAUUAUUGGUUCCUAGCUAUCAAUAUCGUCAUCGUUGGUGGACAAAUUAUGAUUGUUUUUAUUGGCGGUCAGGCGUUUCGCGUUACUCGUCUCAAUGGGGUUCUAUGGGCUGUCUGUCUCAUUUGUGCCGUGGGCUGCAUGCCGUGGGCUAUGGUUCUUCGCCUGAUCCCCGACGACCAUUUUGCUCUCGUUUUCAAUGCUGUCACCAACAGUUUUGCUUUCCUCUUGCGGCCAUUUGUCAAAAUCUUCCAAGUCUUUAGUAGAGGCUUCAAAGCUUGCUCCCAGCCUCUUACCUGCUUUACUCGCUGGGUUUUUUCUCGACAACCCGCAAAGCAUGGUGACGAUCAACGUGCUCGGGAGUCAACAACUCCUCAGCCUCAAGAAAAGGAACUGUCCCGUUCGAUGCAGCACAGGGAACAGGAUACCCCUACUCACCCUCAAGCGCCACCACAAAUAUCGGUACCCUCGAUUACAAUAACGACUUGCCCUUAA